UAUCCUCAGAACGCUGCGACCUGCUUGACAGAGCAAUAGCUACACACUCCCUAUUUGACAUUACACUAAAACUUUGUCGUUUUCCCCAUGCAACUUUUUUCGAUUUCUUCAAACUGAAAAGCACUGAGAUUUGUUGUUUUAUCUUGGAGGCCCGGAUACUGUUUGGACAACAAAAAGGACUGCUUUUACGCACGCAAUUUGUGCCAGGAUAGCUGCUUCAAAAGACAGAAUUUAUGGACAAGUAAUUUAGUGGUCGGUAAGGUUAGACCGUGGUAUGUGCGUCCACAGGUCAACGUUUUUGAUGCACAGCAUGAUUUUCUAAACUCUUCACAGUGAAUUUAUGUGGCCCGCUGUUGCCAGUUAUAUGUUGUAAAUCAUUGUCGCUUGUUGGAUGGAUACAAUGAAACAAACGGCUGCUGGUGCAGAAAUGCUGGUCUCCAAGGAUUACACAUUACAGAUGCGGGAUAGGAGAGAAUGCGAUACGCGCUCCAGGGAAAUAGAGGAAGAGUUGGGUCGUGUGCGAACUCGGGAGCGAUUGGAAGCCACUCUAGCGGGUCUUGGAGAGCUGGAAUAUUUGCGACAGCGGCAGGAUUUACUGGUCAGAAAUGUGUUGAAUCGCCAAGAGGACUCUAUAUCACCAGGAGAAGAUCCAAUGUGCGUUACGCACGAGGAGAAUUACUUGAACUCGGAGGAAAAACUUUUAGAAGAAAACAUUUUAUUGUUAAGAAAACAACUGAACUGUCUGAGAAAGAGAGAUGCUGGUCUGAUCAAUCAGCUGCAGGAGCUGGACAGGCAGAUCAGUGACCUCCGAUUGGACACGGAGGCAUCACAUGAGCAAGUGGAGACAGACAGCCGCCCAAGCUCGGGUUUUUACGAGCUGAGCGACGGAGCUUCGGGGUCCCUCUCCAACUCCUCCAACUCGGUGUUCAGUGAGUGUUUGUCCAGCUGUCGCUCCAGCACCUGUUUCUGCAGUCCUCUCGACACAUCACUGUGUGCCUCCGAGGGAAGGCUCAAAUCUGCAGAUGAGCUGGGCAGCUGUGCUGAGUGUGAGAACCAGUGUGCGGAGCAGCAGACCAUAGGGACGGUUAGGAAGUUGCUCCCCGCUCCCUACUCCCCCUCUACGGAUGCCUCUUCCACCACUCAGGACAUACAGUCUAAGUACCACUGUGACCUGAUCGCCAAGAACGGCAGCGACGUGUACCGCUACCCCAGCCCCCUCCAUGCCGUGGCCGUACAGAGCCCCAUCUUCUUCCAGUCUCUUGCCGGCCAUCUCAAAGAGGACGGGGGGCUAUCAAAGAGCAGCGGAGGCGAGGGCUUCGGUGACUGUCAGAAACUGAAGCAGCCGCCGAUUCUGGUGCCCCAGAACACUUCUUGGCCUGCCUCCCAUGCGCCUACCAGCAAACGACUGGACAAUUAUAUAUUCGGCCUGCUUCAGAGGAGGGCUCAGCCCAUUAGGAUCAAUAAGCCGCGGACGAGCAUCAGCACAGACCCCUCUAAGAGCAUCCUGAGGCAGGGCAGCUUGUGUGUGAGACAGGCUACUGUUGCCCAGCAGCAGCAAGGAAGGACUGCUGCUACUGUUCCUGAUCUCAAACCAGCCUGGCAGAUGUGUUUACAUGCAGGUGGUGCCGGUAACACUGAUCCAGGAACAGGCACUUCACAGAGACAGUGGUCAGUAGAGAGCAAAGGGGAACUCCUCUUAGAAAAUGGGAUGGUGUCCCAGUCUCUGGGCCAACCUCAGAACGGAUGUGCCGCAAUCGACGGCAGUGACAUUCACACCAACAGCCUGGUAAAAAAGAAGGGGUCCAUGUCAUCAGCCAAUAAAGGACUUCCAUCGGUGACCGGUCCUCUGUCUAAGGAUAACCAAGACUUGGGCACCCCAAAUGCCAACUCCUGCCCCAAAGAGAGCAAGCAUCCUUAUUUCCCUGCUGCUCCAGAGGACAUCAGUACUAAACCCCCCCAGACACUCCCUAGAGACCGCACCAAAACAUGCACUCCCAAGAAAAGCCCUAAGAGCAUCCUGGUCUCUGUCCAGACAGCCCAGACCACUAAGCAAGAGAGGCCCAUGCUGGAGCUGGUGAGUCUAGGGUCUUCCUCCCAGAGCCAGGAUGAAGGUCAGGGUCACAUGGUCAGUGCCCAGUACAUCCCUGCCCAGAGGCAAACUGUCAAGCUCCGCAAAGCGGGCAAGAACAUCAAGAUCGUCAAGGUGAAGAAUGCCUCUCUGAAACCACACCGAGGGGUUCACGCACACGCUGAGCCUGUGUCAUACGAGGUGACAGGGGGGAGGGAGAAGGGUCACCGAUCUGGAGGGUUGAGGAAGUCUUGUCAGCCUGAGGAUGUACAACACGUGCACAAAGUCUCCUCCAAGAGGGGGGUGUCCUCCAGGGCCAAACGCACCAUACCUGCCUCCAUCCCUGAGGGCCGGGUUCUUGAGAAACACACAGCCACAGUGUCCACAACCAGGUCCACUGUGUCCAGGCAUCAUGGUCACCAUGGCAGGGAAGUGGUGGUGGCCAAGCCCAAGUACAAGAGGACAAGCGGACAUGACUACAACCGAGGAAGGCUGAAAGCCAUCACUGAGGUGCCUUACGACGAGGCCUUUAGGAGAGCCCACCGCAGACAGAAGAGGGAGGUCCUCGGCCAGGUCUCCACCACCACGUACCUACCCUCCAACGUGAAAUUUGCCAGCCCUUACGCCUACGUGGCUGGCAGCGACUCGGAGUACUCCGCAGAGUGCGCCUCGCUCUUCCAUUCCACCAUCGUGGACACCAGUGAGGAUGAGCGGAGCAACUACACCACCAACUGCUUCGGGGACAGCGAGUCCAGCCUGAGUGAGGCGGACUUUGUGGGGGAGAGCACCACCAGCAGUGACUCUGAGGAAAGUGGAGGGAUGAACUGGCCCCAGUUUUCAGGGCAGGGCACUGGGCAUCAUGAGUUAACCGCUGCACAGGCUAAGGCCUUCAUCAAGAUCAAGGCCUCUCACAACCUGAAGAAGAAGAUCCUCCGCUUCCGAUCGGCGGGCUCGCUAAAACUGAUGACGACUGUAUGAGGGAGGUACUUCAGGGUGUCAGGCAGGAAGCAGUGACUCAGCCAAUCAAAUUGGCCACUCUCUCUCUCUGCCCAAGAUCAAGUGCCUAGGCAGAUUUUUUGAUUUACAGAAAGUCUUUAAUGAAAUCAAUCUCAGAUGUUUAAGGAAACAUUUAAUUGGGAUGCAAGGAUUUGUACAAAAUGUCCAGCAGACUCCCUCUCCCUGCACUUUCUGACAAAUGUUGGACAAGGUGAAAAGCAUCCCCAUUUUUAAAGGAGCCCCCAUUUUUAUUUUGUUGUAUGUAGCGGUUUUUGUAUUUAUUAUGGACAUUACCCUUGCUGUGGUACAUGGCAAAAAUCUGUACAUGCUUUUAAUGUUCUUGGUUUACUUUUUGGAUUAAAGAUAUUUCUAACAUAA